AACAGUAAACCUGAAUCUUCACGAAAAUUCUUUGAGUUUUCUUUGAUUUUGUGUUCGAGUUGUUAGCGUGUUGAUCUUGAUCGGAUAGUGUGUGCUGAAUUGUAGCCAAUUGAAGUUCAUUUUACUUUAGUUGUGUUUAUCAGAAUUUCGAGCAAGUUUGGAGGAAAUUGAGUUGAAGACAAGAAGUUGCAUAUCGGAAUUUGGAGGUAUUUCAUUGUUUUUAGUAGUGGAGGCCGGAGAGUACGUGAUUUCGUAAUCUUUUGGUUUACGGUUUGAGUUCUAGCAACUGAUUUUCGUUGAAUUUAGCUAAUUUUGUGUUGUUCAAUUGGAAUUUAAGGUGUUUUAUUGAGAAUCGUGGUUGGUGAAUUUGAUCAGUCUGCAAUGCAGGGUUUGUUCGACUGGUCUAUUGGUAUGGAACGAGGCGGUUUUGUGGUGGAUAAAUAUGGGAUUAAUAAUUAUAACAUUUUUCUUCUUUUGAUUUGAAUUCGGAAUUGAUAUGUGUUGAUUUGUUCUGUAUGUUUGUGUAGAGAUUAUUGCUGGGAAGAAUUUUGAUUCACGUUUAUAAUUUGGAGUUCUGAACCAAACCACAUGGCGCAGAAUUGGGAAGCUGAUAAGAUGUUGGAUGUUUACAUCCAUGACUAUUUGUUAAAACGGAAGAUGCACGCAUCUGCCAAAGCUUUCAUGACUGAAGGGAAGGUUGCUACAGAUCCUGUAGCUAUUGAUGCUCCUGGUGGAUUUCUCUUGGAAUGGUGGUCUGUCUUCUGGGAUAUAUUUAUCGCUAGGACAAACGAAAAGCAUUCUGAGGCUGCUGCAGCUUACAUAGAGACACAACAAAUGAAAGCAAAGGAGCAUCAACAGCAGCUGCAAAUGCAGCAGCUGCAUCUGAUGCAGCAACGAAAUGUUCACUUACAAAGGAGGGAUCCUAAUCAUCCUCCACUUGGUGGCUCUGUAAAUCCUAUGAAUACUGAUGGAAUGAUGGGAAAGCCAUCAGCCAGUACAAUGGGUGUGAAGAUGCAAGAGGAACCCAUGAAACAUUCUCAUUCUAUGGUUUCAGAAACCUCACCAGCUCUUCUUGAUGCCAGUAGGAUGACCCUGCUGAAGCCGGCCAAUAAUCAUCAAGGCCUGUUGAUACCAGGCAAUUCUCCAAAUGUGUCUUCAACUUUGCAGCAAAUUCAAGGGAGGCCACAGUUGAAUACGGAAAUUAAACAAGAAGUUAACUUGGGUAAUACACAGAAAUCCUUGCCUACAGACCCUUCAUCAAUUUAUGGACAGGUUUUGCAGUCAAAGUCUGGACUAGGCGGUGGAGGAUUGAAUCAAGGUGUUACUGGUCUUCCAUUGAAGGGUUGGCCUCUAACUGGAAUUGACAAUUUACGCCCGAGUAUGGGUUUGCAAGUACAAAAACCCAACAUGCCAAACCAGAAUCAGUUUUAUUUGGCAUCACAGCAGCAACAGGCCUUAGCGCAUGCCCAGGCGCAAGGCAACCUUGGAGCUUCACCAAAUUAUGGGCUUGUUGGAUUGCCUAGAGGCAAUCUAAGUAUGAAGGAUGGUCAAACGGGAAGAAAUGAUGGAUCCGUAAGCUCCCCUGGACAAAUGAAUUCACCCAAGAUGAAGAUGCCUCAGAUACAACAAUCUACUUCUCAACAGCAGGACCAGUUGCAGCAACAGCAGAGCAACAGAAAAAGAAAACAGCAUUCGUCUUCUGGACCAGCCAACAGCACAGGUACAGGGAAUACAGUGGGCCCUUCCCCAAGCUCCCCAGCAUCAACUCAUACGCCUGGUGAUGGAAUAGCCACAGCUAGCAGUCUGCAGCAUGUGAACAGUGUACCGAAAAGCAUGAUGGUGUAUGGUUCAGAAGGAACGGGUGGCCUUACGUCGUCAACCAAUCAGAUGGAUGACAUUGAGCAUUUCGGGGACGUUUCCCUGGAAGAUAAUGUGGAAUCUUUUCUGCAACAUGAUGGAGGAGAUGCAAGAGAACAUUACGGUACAAUAAAGCAGACAGUUACUGAGCAUAAGACAGAGUCUUCCAAGGGUUUUUCGUUUGGGGAAGUUGGUUGUAUACGGACAAGAAAGAAGGUCUUGUGCUGUCAUUUUUCUUCAGAUGGAAAGUUGCUAGCUAGUGCUGGCCAUGACAAAAAGGCUGUUUUGUGGAACAUGGAUACCCUACAAACUGAGAGCACCCCUGAAGAACAUCAGUUAUUAAUUACUGAUGUUCGGUUUAGACCAAAUUCGACUCAGUUUGGAACUGCUUCCUAUGAUAAGUCUGUGCGAAUAUGGGAUGCAGCAAAUCCAAGCUAUUGUCUGCAUGCACACACGCGGCAUACAUCACAUGUUAUAUCCCUAGAUUUUCAUCCCAAGAAGAACGAUCUCUUUUGCUUCUGUGACAGUAACAACGAAAUCCGCUACUGGAAUAUGAAUCCAUUCCAAUGCACUCGUGUUUCUAAGGGAGGUAGCGCACAAGUGCGAUUCCAGCCCGUAAGUGGACAACUACUGGCAGCAGCAUCCGAUAAAAUGGUGUCCAUCUUUGACGUUGAAACUGAUAGGCAAACUCAUUCCUUCCAGGCACAUAUGGGACUUGUAAACUACUUGUGCUGGGACUUGAAUGGGGAAUAUUUGGCUUCUGUAAGCGAAGAUAUCGUGAGAGUGUGGUCCGUGGCAUCUGGGGAGUGCAUUCAUGAGCUGAGUUCCAAUGGAAACCUCUUCUAUUCUUGUGUCUUCCAUCCAAGUUAUUCCGCUCUUUUGGUCAUCGGUGGAAUGCAGUCUUUGGAGCUAUGGAACAUGGCGGAAAACAAGAGCAUGACGGUUCCAGCUCACGAUGACAUUAUUGCGGCUUUGGCACAGUCGCCCGCUACCGGAAUGGUUGCCUCCGCUGGCCAUGACAGUUCUGUUAAGCUAUGGAAGUAAUAAGCAUAUAUAUAUAUAUAUAUAUAUAUAUAUAUAUA